UCAGAGCGCAGGUGGCUCUUGUUACUUUGUCGACGCUGUAACAGGACGUCAGGUCAGGUGCGCGAGUUAAAAGGAAAAACUACGCCUGGGCGAGCGCAAAGUGUCUUGCACCAGUGGACGUCAGGAAUGGGGACCAUCCCAAACGACAUCAGGAGGCUACUAGAUGACUGCGAGUUGUUUGUGUCUGAGAUCCUUCAGGACGAGCAGCUGAGUGAAAAUGCGGCAGAGACCCGCAAAGUCUUAUUGAAUAAUUUCAGGGUGGUGCAUGUGAGAAACCCUCAGGAAUUCCCCUUCCGCUCUGACUCGAGGGAGGAAGACGGUUCUGACGACAACCGCAGCUCCAGUCUGGGUCGCUCUGCACCGUCCGACGACGCCUCGCUGGCUUCCGACUACCAGGAGGACGGAGCGGCUGAGUUCUUUGAGGACAUUCCCCUCACAGCAGCUCAAGACCUCGGCAACAUCCUGAAGCAGGGCUUCUUGGAAAAGAAACGACGAGAUCACAGCUUCUUUGGGUCAGAGUGGCAGAAGAGAUGGUGUGUUCUCAACAAUUCCAUCUUCUUCUACUUUGGCAGUGACAAAGAUAAACAACAGAAAGGCUCGUUUUAUAUCAACGACUACAGUGUUCAGCUCAACAACAACCUGAGGAAAGACUCCAAAAGGAAUGCCUGCUUUGAGCUGUAUGCUCCCGGACAGAGGACGUUUCAGUUCACUGCUGGCAGUCCUCAGGAAGCUCGAGAAUGGGUGAACUACAUCAGUUUUGUGCUGCGAGAUCUUAGCUCCAACACCAUUCCUUUCGACGAGGACGAGGAGGAUGAUGACGGCGACGACGGUGACGAGACAACCUACGACGACAUUGAAAGGCCCUCAGGCCUGCCCUGGCCUGCGGCUGCUGUCGCCGCCCGGGCCUCUCACAGUAGCGUGGGAAGGCGGGAGGAAGACAGAGAGGACGACGUCAGUGACAUUUAUGAGGUUCUGCCAGAUGAGGACUUUCCAGAUCCACCAGCCGAGGGUUUAGAGACAUCCAACAAAGCCGUGUUGGAUUAUGCCAACUACUACCAGGCCGUGUGGGACUGCCAAGCAGACGCACCAGAUGAGCUGUCCUUCCUCAGAGGAGACCUCAUAUUCGUCCUCAGCAAGGAGUACAACAUCGAUGGUUGGUGGGUCGGCGAGCUGAACGGCACUGUGGGUAUCGUCCCCAAGGACUUCCUGCACCCCGCCUAUUUCCUGUGAGCUGCAAGCAGUCAGGACUCAAGGCGACAAGUGACGCAGGAUCACGGGGGGCUCACUGCUGCUGACUCAACGGUGCUAAAGAAACAGUUGCCACAACAAUGCCAGGAAACGAUGUGCUAACUUCAUCUGUCGCAGAUUAAGAGCAAAUGUCUUCUCAGGGAUGUGAUUAUAUGUUAAGGGCCAGCUUUUCAAAUGAACUAGAAUGAGUGACAUUCUAGAACAGGGGUUACUUAUAAACUUAAAAUAGACAGAUGUGCCCCCCAAAAAGGGGGUGGAUCAGGGUUUAUUGAAAAGAAAUUGAGAUUUUUUUCUUCUAAUAAAUAAUUCACUCAUGUUUAUGAUGUAUGACUUAGUAAUAUUUUAUGUCAUUAUCCACAAUAAAGUAACCAAUAUUCAAUGUGCUAAAUGAAUA